AUCGUCCUUACAGAGGAAGCAGUAGCAACGGACGAGCUGAAUCCGCUCGCAGCUGAUUUGUCUUCUGACACAAUUAUGUCCGUCUCGUCGUCGCCAGUUUUCCGCAGGUAUCCGUUUCCCGGAGCCUGAAUGGCGUUGGUAACCGUCCAGAGGUCUCCUACUCCGAGCGCCACAUCCAGCCCCUGCGUUUCGGAGUCCGGCAGCGGGGAGGAUGACCGCCGAUCUCAUCCCAGAAGCAUUAGCGAGAGCUUUCUAACAGUGAAAGGCGCCGCACUCUUCCUCCCAAGGGGAAAUGGCUCGUCCUCGUCGUCCAUCUGCUCCUCGCGGAUCACGGGGCAGCGUAGCAAACACGCAGGAGAUCUUCAGCAGCACCUGCAGACCAUGUUCACUCUGCUCCGGCCGGAGGACAUCAUCCGUCUGGCGGUGCGGUUGGAAAGCGUGCGCCCUCAAUGCACACGCUACAUGGUUGUAGUGACCACAAAUGGACGGCAGGAUACAGAGGAGAGUGUAGUGCUGGGCAUGGACUUCAGUCCCUCAGACACUUCCUGUUCAAUAGGCCUGGUGCUUCCUUUGUGGAGUGACACACUGAUCCAUUUGGAUGGAGAUGGGGGGUUCAGUGUGUCCACAGAUAACAGGAUCCACGUCUUUAAACCCGUCUCGGUCCAGGCCAUGUGGUCGGCUCUGCAGUCUCUCCACAAGGCGUGCGAGGUAGCACGUGGCCAUAACUACUUCCCAGGCAGCCUCUUCCUGACGUGGGUCAGCUACUACCAGAGCAGCAUGUCCUCAGACCAGGCCCACAUUAACGAGUGGAACGCCAUGCAGGACGUGCAGUCGCACCGCGCCGACUCACCCGUGCUCUUCUCUGAUGUGCCAACGGAGCGCGAGAGAACGGAACGACUGAUCAAGACACGUCUGAGAGAGAUCAUGAUGCAGAAAGACCUGGAAAACGUCACGUCCAAAGAGAUUCGCACGGAGCUGGAAAUGCAGAUGGGAUGUAACCUGCGAGAGUUUAAAGAGUACAUCGAUAACGAGAUGAUCGUCAUCCUGGGACAGAUGGACAGCCCCACUGAAAUCUUUGAGCACGUUUACCUGGGAUCGGAAUGGAACGCGUCUAAUCUAGAAGAGCUACAGAACAGCGGGGUUCAGUACAUUCUGAACGUCACACGGGAGAUCGAUAACUUCUUCCCCGGUCUGUUCGAGUACCACAACAUCCGCGUGUACGACGAAGAGGCUACGGAUUUGUUGGCGUACUGGAACGACACGUAUAAGUUCAUCUCCAGAGCCAAGAAAGCAGGAGCCAGGUGUCUGGUGCACUGUAAGAUGGGCGUGAGCCGCUCGGCCUCCACCGUGAUCGCUUACGCCAUGAAGGAGUACGGCUGGGACCUGGAGCAAGCCUUCGACUACGUCAAAGAGCGCCGUGCCGUGACCAAGCCCAACCCCUCCUUCAUGAGGCAGCUAGAGGAGUACCAGGGCAUCCUGUUGGCCAGCAGGCAGAGGCACAACAAGCUGUGGCGUUCCCAUUCUGACAGCAACCUGUCUGAUCACCACGAGCCGCUGGUUAAAACUCCUGCGGCGCAGUCACUGGGCCGCUCCAACCCACGCAACCAGAGCGGCAACCAGACGUCUCCGUCACUGCACGAGCUGCUCCAGACUCUCAGCCCUGCCUCGGGCCCCGCAGCAGGUCAAAAGCACUGCGAGCAGGAUGCACCUUUCACAAACGGGCUAGGUAACUCCGAAGAAAGUCUUUCUGCCGACGAUCCAUCCCUACUUCCUAAACCCAGCGCAGCUACAGUAGUUCCUGGUGCUCGACCUCAUUCGGCACCCGUAAACAUGGCGGAAACUGUCCCGGUGAGCCGGCCUCAUCCACCCGCCGCUCUUCUACACCGUGCCUCGUCGCCUGCGCUUCACCCGGAUGCAGAGGUUAAAUCACUCAGCCACGCGCAGCCAGAGAUGUGCUCUCCGAACAGAACAGGGUGUGUUAGGAGUAGAACCCCUGAGCCAAGUAGACAAGCCCCAAACUCCCCCGCUGCAGGGCAGCACACACAGGUGCCUGAGCUUAGGCAAAAAUUCAGCCAGCAAGUGCCUGAUGCAGACGUGGACUGCGCAGGGCUCGGUCUCGCCAAGGACGAUAACCAUCACCAACACCCCAGUGCCACAAUACAGGAAGCGGGACUUUCUGCCUCAUCACCGACAGCUCUGAGCUCCGACCGCAUAGAUUUCUUCAGCGCUAGAGAGAAAUUCCUCGGCCUGUCUCAGGAGGCGCAAAGCCGUGGGAGUUCUAAACAGACGAUCCGAGAUAAAAGCCCGAACCAGGAGCUGAAGCUCGUGUUUCCUGAGCACCCCGAUAAAGAGGAGGAGGAACAGAAAAAGGAGACCUUCAGUGUUUUGGUUUAUAACACAGUCUCAGAACCGAAGUCCACAAGGCCCAACAUAACUCCUCCCUCUCCUUCUGCCAGCAAACCUGAUUCGAGUAGCUUAAAGGAGGAGGAGGUGGAGCUAGUCAAAAACUCACCGGAAGCAGAGAAAGUGGAGCUCGGAGAGGACCUGCAAGGUGACUGUUCAAAGGGUACAGUGCGGCGAGCCACCAGGCAGCUAGAACAGAAGAUAAAGCAAGACGUUUCACCGUCACCGCUGCUAUCGAGUGCUCUCGGCUGUCCUUCACAGAGCUCGGCUGUUAUGACAAGCAGCGGAGACGGAUCUGAGAACACUUCAUCUCAUUUAGACCUCUUCCUUGAUUUGAACACUGUGCCAGCCCACCACCGUCAGCCUGAGGAAACGGCAGAAGUAGAAGUAGAAAAGGAGGAACCUUCACCUGCAGUAGAAGGGAUGGGAAAAGAGUGCAAAAUAAGACUCAGGGAAGAAGAGCGUGGACACACUGGAUUCCUAGAGAUGGACACGAGCCUCUCACACUUGAAGCAAAGCCAUUCCACUCCAUCCAGGUCUUCUUCAGAAGCUGUCUUUAAGCUAGAGGGAGUCACAGAGAAAGAGACAAGCAGUGACUGCUUUUCACAAGACCAUCUGAGGGAGAUGUGGGAGACUCUGAGGCAGCUUGGUGCGUUCCUCUGCCAGCUGAGCAGCGGGUCAGACAAGAGGCUCAGCCACCCAUUGGCAGGGAAAGAACAGAAAAGAGGGUGGAUAGUUCAAGAACGAGCCAGAGAGGUUGAGGCAAGAAUGCGUCAAGCUGGUCUGACCCCACCCUCACUGAUCAAGAGAUCGGCCUCCCUGGCUAAGCUAGGCUCCCUCGACCUGUCGGCUAACGAUCUAAGCGAACUGGAGCUCAGUCCUGCCUCAUCAUCAUCAUCCCCAUGCACUGCGAAGCCACGACUUCACUCUCUUAACGACGAUACCUCAAAAAAGAAGCGGGUUCUACCCAGACGAACAACCUCUCUCCCUCCCUCUUGCACAUCCCGCCUCCCUUCUACUGGAUCGCACUUGGAUAAAAGGUUGGAAAACUGCCAGACUGGAGAAGAACAGCACAAGGUUCCCAUGCCACUGCCAGUCUCAUCAUCGUCUAACGAGUUCAGUGAGCAAGGAAAGGUCCAAGAUCCAGCAUACACUCCAGUGCCAGCGCCUGCCUUAAUACCUGUGGCGAUACGGCAACAGUAUGGGAGGACUCAUCCUUUGAGGAAGCUUAAAAAACGAACCUCAAUCUCCUACUAUCACACCAUGUGACCCAGGCUGUUGUUUUAAUUGUGUGUUUAUGCUGCAUGCAUGUGUUUUUUCCUCCACACUUACCUCAGUGGGCCUUACAAAACCAGACUGCCGGGUGGCUUUGUAGCCUAUAAUCAGAUACACAAUAAGGAGCACAAAAUUAAAGAUUAGAGAAGUUACUGGUCUUUGGGAUGGGGUUGAUGGGGCAGGUUUUAAACCCCGGACCCAUCGGUAACAAAUAGCAAUCCUGUUUAAAUUUUCGACGACCCACACUUUGCACAAUAAUCUGUCAAAUGGUUUAUUACACACAAGUGAUAAACGUAGAGAUUCCUCUCAGCCUGCAGUAUCGUACUCGUAUUGCAGAAUGCUCUUGAAUUGAAUUCUCCGUUGUCUGGGGAUUUGAUUUGUAUGUGUGUGUGUGUGAGUGUGAAAGACUUGAAUGAAUAAAUGUUAAAAUACAUUCAGUUAUGUGUGUAUUGUAACCGAGUGCGAGUUGUUGGACGUCCGAUUAGUGUGCAUGAAACGCUCGAUUAAGAAUGGGUUAAGUCGUGUGGUACGUAGAAUGUAGAUCUCUGGGGCUUAGUGGAUGUAUGUAUAGAUUCAUUUUUAAUGGAUGUGUAUGACUGUAUAUGUCAACGUGUGUAAACACCUUCUCUUUCCGUGUUCAGUUCUUAAGUGCAGUUUCUCCUUUCUGGGUUUUUUGUAUAGUAAUAUAUAAACAAAUGCAAGGGAGUUUGUAAUAUGCACUUUAUCAUUUUUAUUGUUUUACAUUUUUUAAUCUGUGGUUUUUAAUCUGGACGCAUGCUGGCUGCGUGUGUAUUUAGGGUCGCCUGUAUGAUGCAAUGUGCAAUUUAGUCCAUUUUUUUCUGUUCCUUGUAAAACUGGAUUUUCUUUUUACUCUGCUUAAACUGUGACAAUUAAAAAACGUUUGGGAAAAAAAA